ACUACAACAAGAUAAAUACGAAGAAAAUGAACAACACUUCACAUGCAUAUUCCCUAGCGACUAGAAUAACGGCACUAGAGUACCCUAGAGUAUGGAACACAACCCAAGUUAAAAAAAUAGGACAAGGAAAUUUUGAAGCCGAUUGGCCUAACGGACAAAACUCUGGAGAUGCACCAUCAAAACAAU